CGUGUCACGUGACACAUGUGGCGUCUCCCUACCGCUCUGCCGCUGUUUGGCUUGACAUCCUGUUGUUUUGUGUCCCGCAGGCUACAUUUAGUGCUGAGUCUCCAACAGGAACACACUCGCUGUUGCUCUGCUACACUAACACCACGAUCUAUUAUGAAUAUAUUCCUGGAAACAAUCCAGGUCCUCCUGCUGUCAUUGUGGUACAAUGUGGAAUCCUUCAUCCAUCUCUUUGUGCCCCGGAAGAGAAAGAACAUAGCUGGUGAGGUGGUACUGCUUACGGGGGCAGGUAGCGGGAUUGGUCGCCUCAUGGCUCAGGAGUUUGCGGCCCUUGGCACUGUGCUGGUUUUGUGGGACAUUAACCAGGAUGGGAUGAAGGAAACUGCAAGACUGGCUAAAGAGAGUGGAGCCAGCAGAGUACACUACUACCUGUGUGACUGUAGUGACAGGAACGAAGUUUACAGAGUGGCUGACCAGGUAAAGCGAGAAGUGGGUGAUGUCAGCAUUCUGGUGAAUAACGCUGGCAUCGUGACAGGAAAGAAGUUCAUGGAUGCUCCAGAUUCCCUGAUUGAGAAGACAGUGGAGGUCAACACAAUGGCUCACUUCUGGACAUACAAGGCCUUCCUUCCUGCUAUGAUUGCCAACAAUCACGGACAUCUUGUCAGCAUUGCCAGUUCUGCUGGGCUCGUAGGCGUCAAUGGAUUGGCAGACUAUUGUGCCAGUAAGUUUGCAGCAGUAGGUUUUGCAGAGUCCGUGGGUCUGGAGCUGCUGGCGACUGGGAAGGAUGGCAUCAAGACCACCAUUGUUUGUCCAUACUUCAUCAACACUGGGAUGUUUGAUGGAUGUCAAACCAAGUGGCCAACGCUGCUACCCAUCUUGAAUCCAGACUAUGUGGUGCAGAAGAUCAUCCAUGCUGUGCUCACAGACCAAGCGUACCUGCUGCUGCCCAAGACUUUGUACCUCAUCACUGCUCUCAAGAAGGGUCAUUGCUGCACAGCCGGUGGGGCUCCCUGAGUGAGAUGACUACAAAGAGUCAGAAGAUUCACUACUUUGUUCAGGUGGUAUAAGGCUUCAGGUUGAUGUCACUGAGGUGUAAAACAGCUACUUCAGAUCUACAUGCUGGUAUGAUCCAUCCCACAUACACAGAGUAGUGCUGAAACAAUCUAUUUGUGUAGUUAAUUAUGAUUAAUGUCGGGUUUUCAAAUGUGAAUUAAUGACUGUGCAGAUGUUGUUUCUGCAAUAAUUGAUUUCACUGAAAACACAGUACAUAAAAUACUAUGAGCUGUAAUGAACAGUCUUUAAUUGGGGUUCAAUAAAUCCCAGUGCGAGUUCUAGGCAGCAGGUGAAGUCUGACUGAACAUUGCCUCAUGCAGUUUGUACUCCACUGUUUGACUUGAGGUGUCCAACUAGAGCAUGAGCAUGUCUGAAAGAAAGAGAGAGAGGAAACCAAGCAUAACAUGUCUCCAUACUGCUCCUGUGGUGUCUGCAAGCCCAAACAUUCAUAUGCAACUUGAAACAAGGUAAUUUACAUGGUGUUUUAAAGCCUAAAUGUCUGCUCAGGAAUGCUGAGUGUGGCCAUUUCAGUGGCACAGUUUCACAAUAAUCUGAGGUGCAACCAAAUGUUUUACCUGAUUGCACCAGUGCCCCUUGAAUUUAUCAAGUUCCCCAAAAAAUUUUUUUAUAAAAAGCAACUGAGUGUAUGGACAUUUGCCUUUGACAAACAUUAAGGUGAUGAUUAAUAAUGAUUAUUUUGUAGGCAUUUAGUGAGGAUUUUAUGUACACACUCACAGACAGGCAUUGCAAUCUUAAUGUGAGCACAUGCGCAAUGUGCGUUACUAAAAGGUUGACAACACGCUGUGUCGACUAUACCGACAUCCCUCGUAGGCAAACAGAACAUAAAACAUGGAAGGACAAACCUGAAUGUUACACCUGCCCCCACUCCUAAUCCUGUUUUACCAUUGGCUUAAAUAAUUUCCAUGGCUGCGCAAUGAAAAGCGAUCAACUCGGUGCAUUCACUUCUGCAGCUCGAGGGCGCCCCUCUUUUUGUAACGUAUAUGUAAAACAUUUCUGUUUAAAAAGACAGUUUGUGGGCUUCAAAAUCAGCUGGUGCAGACAGAGGCUAUGGCAGCAAGGCCCAAGCCUGGAGGCAGAUUGUUAUAGCUCCAGGCAGUUCUUAAGCAACAGAAGAGACAACAGGAAGAGCAAGUUGAAAGGCCAAAUUACAAGUUUCAGGUACAAUUCUUAUUUUUGCUCUGUAAUUUUUGUCUUUAAUGAAAUGAAACAUACACCAUCAUAAUUUCAUAAUUUUUUUUAUAUACUGUACACACAGACAGUCACCUUCAAAGAUGACAUUUCAUAUAUGGCAGAAGAUAAAGCUAUUUGCAAGAGGGCCACUAAGCAUCAGAACACCAUAGAGGCCACAAUAAGGUUCACUGCAGAACACCAUCAAAGCACUGGGCAGCUCCCUAGCAACCGACUGAUCCAACCUAAGUGUCUGAAGGAGAGGUAGCACUGGUCGUUCCUUCCUGCAGCAGCAAAACCUUACAACCAGCUCUGCUCCAAGUGUGGCCCAGACCUGAUCGGCCAAAAAAUGCUCAUCCCAAGGAUGUUUAAAGACAAGAGUAACAUGAGCCUGUCGGACACGAUGAUGACAAGACAGCCAUUCUACUAAAAAGUUAAGUUCAAAGUCAAGUUUAAAUAUGUUUUUGUAUGUGUCCUUUAGACCAUCCUGCACCUGUUCCACAUAAUGCUGGUCAUCCCAGUGUCUUCUGCAGUAUGUGAAAGGGAUUCUCUUCACAAAAGAGGUUGCAAGAUACAUCUCUAGGAUGUGCUGGGAUGCAUCAUCAGUGAGGUUUUGGGUCUUUCAACAUCAGACCCCCUCACCCAGGUGAUCAAGUCCUGGAUUGCAUCCCAGCAGCAACGAUCCACUGGCUCACCCUCUUUAUCCAAAGAGUGGCUUUCUCUGCAGCUUCAAGGAUGGUAUGUAUGGCCCUCCUCUUUGCAGCUCUAGUCACUCCAAGCCCUACCAGAGCUUUGCAGGUUGAGCGCCCAGCAAACCCCCAGCAGCCUACUUCAAUCGGCUAGCAGAGAGCCCGCCAGCCUCUGCUUCUGCACUGCUCCACAAGCUCUUGGUAUUUUAUCCCACGUGAUCACCUGUCUCGUUUGAAUGAUGUGAUCCAGGACCUUUAGUUGUUUUCCAAGAUCCACUCUCAGCUGCCAAUCUGGGGCUGUGGACAGUCGGCAUGGUGUUGUUUGUUGUCGGGAAUGGGGCUUUAUCCAGCUUUGACAAUGUGAUUGUUUUCUUCGUGGGGUGGUAUUUACUUGACUGAAUGGCUGUGGUGACUGUUUCUGCAACUGCUUUGAGCACCUGGUCGUGGCGCCGGCGAUAACAACCAUCGGCCAAGGCUUUGGGGCAGCUGCUGAGGAGAUGUUGAAGGGAUGCUCUCCCAGCACACCUCCCAGGUGUGAAGGUUUGCCGGACUUGGUAAGGUGUCGAUUCGAUCAAGUGACCUUCCGCUGCAGUGUGUUUUCCCACCUUGUCCAGGCUCCUUGCUGACUGAGUCCUACCAUCUUGCUGACUCUCACCUCCUCUGUGCCUGCAUGCACUUCUUCCUGGGGGAGACGUUGUCGCUCCUUCCUACUUGUUUUUCCAAUCUGGCAGCUUGGAAAGUAGCCCAGACCUGAUCGCCCUUUUGCCACUGUCCCGACAAGGGCCUUCUGCCUUAGCCGUGCCUCUGGAGAAGAAGAUCAUAAAGCUGCUGAUCUUCUUCUCCAGGGCUUCCACAGUUGACAUGGGGACAUCAUACAGUAGCAAGGGCCACAAAACCUUGGGAAUAAGAAUGGCAUGCUGGUAGAUUCAUGCCUUGACAUGAUGCCUCAUGACUUAUAAUGCUGGUCCUCACAGUGUCUUCUGCAGUAUGUGGACCUCGAAGCUUGAUCCACUUCCUACUGACCUUGUCAAAAUCGGUUCACCCUCUCGGUCUUCUCUAAUAACUGAAAUCAUUCACUCAUCUCCCUUCUCUCGUCUUGUUACAGCAUCUCUCAAAACAGCUGAAAAUAACCCUAUUCUAUAAAGAAACCUGCUGCAGACCCUAACAACCUCCAUAACUUUUGACCAAUUUAUAACUUACCUUUACUCUCUAAAACCCUUGAAAAAACUUAUUACUACUCAUCCUCCUCGACCUCAGCGCAGCAUUUGAUAUGAUUUCUCAUCACAUCUUCCUUGACAGACUAGCUUACAUCGGUUUCACUGGCACUUCACUUACCUGGUUCAAAAUCAUAUCUCUCUAGCUGCUACAAGUUUGUUCAACUCAAAAACUUUAAACAGCUUUCCCCAGUUACCACCGGUGUUCCCUAAGGUUCUCUUCUAGGUCCUCUCCUUUUUAUCCUCUAUCUUCUUCCACUCUGUCACAUCUUCAGGAAAUUUGGUAUUCAUUUUCACUGCUAUGCGGAUGAAACCUAUCUUUCCACCAAGCCCACAUUGCCCUCCCACCAUCUCCCCUCUCCUGACUGCCUCUUAAAAAUGCAAUCCCGGUUCACCCAAAAUUCCCUCAAACUUAACUGCAAUAAAACUGAACUUCUCCUUGUUUGAACCAAGUCCACUCUGGCCAAAUGUAACAGUUUUUGACCUACAGUUGGCAACUCCACAGUUUCUCAAUCUCCCCAAGUCAAGAGUAGGGCUGCAUAUUUGUACCUACGCAAUAUAAACAGAGUCCGUCCUUCUCUCUCACCUGACAGCACAACUGAACUUGUCAACGCACUCAUAAUUUCCUGUAUUGAUUAUUGCAACUCUUUCCUCUCCGGUCUCCUACUCAAACUCCUCCAUAAACUUGACCUGGUCCCAAAACGCAGUUGCCUGGAUCAUCGCCCAGAACCUUCUCCAUCGAACAAAUCUCCCCCGUCCUCCAACAACUGCGCUGGCUCCAUAUCAAAUACUGCAUCGACUUCAAGAUCAUCUUCCACAACUACACACCCACCCAUACUCUCCGCUCUUCCUCCUCCAUGCUCCUCAGCACACCUCUUGGCAGGCGGUCUUCCAUGGGGACAAGAGCCUUCAGCCGUGCAGCCAGUGGUGGGAAGUAAAGAAGUAGAAAUACUUUGUUACUGUACUUAAGUAGAUUUUCCACAUAUCUGUACUUUACUUGAGUAUUUAUUUUCCUGAUGACUUUUUACUUUUACUUGCUGCAUUUGAACACAAAUAUCUGUACUUUCUAUUCUUACAUUCUCAAAACUGGCUCGUUACUUGAGCAGCGAAGGCUGGCGCAACGCGCCUGCACAUCUGAGAUGUGCAGGUCCAGCGGUGUGUUAACGUCAGCAUCUGGGGUUAUACAAUUA